ACUAUUGUAUCUCUUGAUACUGCGUGAGUGUUCGCGCCCGAGCAAGUAAGACGACUAAGACUGAGAGUAACUAGUAUGCGCUUCACGAAUGAGUGUGCUGGAGGAUUGACGCGUAACAGUUCACGCGCUUUCAAUUAUACAGCUCCUACGAGAAGCUUCCCAUGUGAAGGGCACAGUUUCUUAUCAGUGGCGAAACUGAGCCGUUCGCCGAUCAUCACCGCCAAUUACGGAGCGCUUGCAGGGGGGAUUUUACAGGUGCUGAAAGCCUACGGCGGGUGCGGACUGCAGCUGCCGCCUCCUUCGCCAGCCGCCGCGGGACUCCUGGAAAUGCUUGCAGGGCGGCUGACCAACACUGCACAACCCCCGCCACGUGUCGCUGCAAGCGACAACGCCGAGCAGCUGUGCGGCAGCACCGGCAGUGGCGGCAGCGCGUGCUUGCGCGUAGAUGAUGCCGCAAGUGUGGGGCGAGCCGCAGCCGAGGCGCAGCGGGCUCAGCGGACCUGGUGUGCCGCCAGCAGCCCGGCAGCGAGGCUGGCUGUGAUGCGGGGCUUUGCGUCACGGCUUGAGUCCGGGGACGGUGCCGUAAUUGCUGAGCUGCUGUGCAGUGAGACCGGCAAGCCCCUGCGCCAGGCGCGGGCGGAGGUGCGCCUGGCGGCGGCGCGCGUGCGGCAAGCCUGCGGCCUGCUCCAACAGCUGCCCUUCACCCUCGCAGUGGGCGACAGAGUUACGACUGGCCUAGGGCCGGGGGAAGGACUGGCCAGCAGCUUUGCAAGCAAGCCACAGCGGCAGCGGACAGAGUUUGUGGAGUGGGAACCUGCUGGCGUGGUCGCGUCCAUUACCGCCUGGAACUUCCCAUUGGUGCUGGCUUGUGAUGUUGCGGUGCCUGCGCUGUGCCUGGGCAACGCCGUGCUGGCCAAGCCCAGUGAGCACGCCGUGCUGACAGGCCUGGCGCUGCAGGAGGUCUGGCACCGGGCCGGUCUGCCGCAGGGCCUGUACACGGUGCUUGUCGGGGGCGCAGCCACUGGCCAGGCGGUGGUGCGGGCGCCAGAGGUGGGGGCCGUGUUCUUCACGGGGUCUCGAGCUGCUGGCCGCGCCGUUGCGUCCACGGCCGCGGGCGCACCGCUCGCGGGCGAAGGCGAAGGCGACGGAGCUGGCAGCGGAAGAGAACUGCCGAUACCAGCGCACCUGGAGUUGGGCGGCAAGGACGCGGUUUACGUGCACAGUGACAUAGCAGCGGCGGCGGCGGGCGCCGGGGCUGCGGCGGCGGAAGAGAAGGAGGAGUCUUCUGGCAUCGCUGACCUGCGUGCAGCAGCGCAUGCUGUAGCGGAUGCCGCGUUUGCCAACAGUGGCCAGGUCUGCUGUGCGCCCAAGGUGGUGUAUGUGGCGGGGCCGCAGGCGGCGGCAGAUGCCUUCGCACGGCUGGCGGCUGCACGGGUGGCGCGGCUUCGAGCGGGCGACCCCGCGGAGGCCUCCACCGAGCUAGGGCCGCUGACGCUGGGGCGGGCGGCAGCGGCGGGGCUGCAGGCGCUGGUCCGGGAAGCGGUGGAGGGCGGCGCCAAGGACUGGGUAGCGGAGCAGGUGGCAGACCCUGCAGCCGCCACCGCGGCCACCGCCACCUGGGCUGUGGCGGAGGUGGAGUCCGGCGGCUCCUUCCUGGCGCCGGCCGUGCUCACUGGUGUGAAGCCAGGGAUGCGGGUGCUGGAGGACGAGACCUUUGGACCGGUGCUGUGCGUGGUGGCAGUGUCGAGUCCGGAAGAGGCGGCGGCCCUCAUGUCCCGCAGCCGUUAUGGCCUGACAGCCGCCUGCUACAGCCGCGACGAGGGCGUGGCGCGGCGGCUACUGCGAGCGGCGGACGUGGGGACCGUGUUCUGGAACGGCUGCGGGGAGAUGCCGCUGGCGCUGCCGUGGUCGGGCCGGCGCCGAUCAGGCUUGGGGUUCCAGCUGGGCGGGCCCGAGGGAUACCGGGCCUUUCUGCGACCCAAGUCCCAUGUGUUUACCCGCAUGUUCGCGUGAUGCUGUGAGAGCCUUAUAUCCUGAUACUGAUAGCAUGUGAUGGCUCGGCGUCUUCGGGUGCUGGCACUGUCCCCUCUGUAACAUCCGCACUCUUGUGGCGGGCUGACAGGAGCGGUUUGGUCGUGGACGUGCAACAAGCAGUUGUUGUUAGCCUGGAAUAAUGGUGGGGGCGGUGCGUCCGGCUGUGAGGGUUACAGCAGUACCGUGCAUGCUGCGGCAGGCCGAACCCCUUGUGAUGCUGACCCCCGGAAAGCGUGUGGAGCGUGUGGUGUGCCUGAAGCCCGGAAGGUCUAGGAAUGAUCUGAAGGGCCACGCGAGUUGACAGGGUGCGACACGGCUGCAAGCGGAUGCAGGUCGAUGUUACCAUGAAGAGUGGGCGGCAUCCGAAUUGGGUAGCGCUUGCGGGAAUGGUUUCGGGGUCUCACACUUCGCACUGUUGUACGUGCGAAUGCCGACCACUGCGAACUUCUAGAGUUGAGUUGAGCGGAAGCCGCUGCGGCACGAUUCGACUCCAGAUUUGAUUUGAAAAACAAGAUUGCUCA